GAAGGAUGGAGGAGAGCAGUGUGGGAGAAGAAUAUGAAAAUGAUUGAACUGCACAAUGGGGAAUACAGCCAAGGGAAACACGGCUUCACCAUGGCAGUGAACGCCUUUGGUGACAUCACCAAUGAAGAAUUCAGACAAGUGAUGAAUGGCUUUCGAAAUCAGAAGCACAAGAAGGGGAAAGUGUUCCAACAGCCUCUGUUUCAUGAGGUCCCCAAAUCUGUGGACUGGAGAGAGAACGGCUAUGUGACUCCUGUGAAGAAUCAGGGUCAGUGUGGUUCUUGUUGGGCUUUUAGUUCAACUGGUGCUCUUGAAGGACAGAUGUUCCAGAAAACUGGCAAAAUUGUCUCACUGAGUGAGCAGAACCUGGUGGACUGCUCUCGGCCUCAAGGCAAUCAUGGCUGUGAUGGUGGCCUGAUGGACUUUGCCUUUCAGUAUGUUAAGGAGAACGGAGGCCUGGACUCUGAAAACUCCUAUCCAUUUGUGGCAAGGGAUGAAGUCUGUAAAUGCAAGCCUGAGAAUUCUGUUGCUAAUGACACUGGUUUUGUGGAUGUCCCUGUUUGGGAGAAGGCUCGGAUGAAGGCAGUGGCUAUUGUGGGACCCAUUUCUGUUGCUAUUGAUGCAGGCCAUAUGUCCUUCCAGUUCUAUAAAUCAGGCAUAUAUUAUGAACCAGAGUGUAGCAGCAAAGACCUGGAUUACGGUUUCCUGGUGGUUGGCUAUGGUUUUGAAGGAACAGACUCAAAUAACAAUAAAUAUUGGCUUGUCAAGAACAGCUGGGGUCCAGAGUGGGGCUGGAACAGCUAUGUAAAAAUAGCCAAAGACAGAAACAACCACUGUGGAAUCGCCACAUCGGCCAGCUAUCCUACUGUGUGAGCUGAUGGACGGUAAUGAGCAAGGACUUCAGGACAGCAUGUCUGGGGAAUUUUAUCUUAAAACUGACCCAACCCUUAUUAUGUAAGAUAA